UCUCAUAAUACUGCUAUGCUUUUUUUCUUAAAAGAUGUACAACAUACGACAUCCAAACUAGUGCCCGAAGUCUAUUCUCGGAAGACAAGUGAAUAUUUUACAUCAGAAGUAAAUCAACAGAACUCUGUGAAAAAGCUGGUAAUAAAUAAUUCUCAGUCUUCUCAAGAUAAUGGCUUUCUCCGCCGUGGAGUUUUUCUAGCCAUAAUGGUGGCGUUGAUCGCGAUUUUCGCAAGUUGCUGUUGUUACUAUCCUUCACACGCUCCAAGUAUGCCGAAAAACCCAGUGGUGGAGGUCUUCCUAUCAAAGUUCAAUCCGCUGAAGGACGUCUUCCCAGGUCAGAGUCCUCACCUGUGGGGACGAGUACGGAAAAUAUUGCAGAAGCACCUUAACGCAUCCUACCACACUGAACCAGCUAUCUUAAUCUUUACUGCUGCCCAGGAAGCGAAAUCAACUCUCAAGUGCCUGAGCACCCAGGUUGCCCGCGCCUAUUCGUCAUCCCUGGGAAGCCGCACAGUCCACGUAGAUGGGAUUUCUAAAUCUACUCUAAGCAAUGAUCUUGCAAAGCUAGCAGUUGACGAGGAGUUGAGCGUUGGUUUCCACGGAGGAGGGAAGGCAGCAGUAAUACACCAGUUCGAAUCCCUGCCUGCAAGCUCCACCUUAAUCUUUUACAAGUACUGUGACCACGAGAAUGCCGCUUUCAAAGAUGUGGCGCUGAUUUUGACAGUUUUGCUGGAGAAUGAGAAGUUGGAUCCUGCCAUUGGUCUACAAAUCGUGGAGGAAAAUGUGCGGGAUUUCCUCUGGACUAAAUUCACAAACUCUGAUUCAACCAGUUCUUACGACCUUAUGGAUACCGAUAAGCUAAGUGGGCUCUGGAGCCGCAUAUCCCACUUAGUCGUUCCUGUAUGUCCUGUGCCAUUUAUAGAAGAUAAUGGCUGCUUUCAACAAAUGGCAAAUAAAGAAGACUUCACUUCUAAAAAUUAAAAAGAGGAAUCCACUUUCUUUCUGCAGUUUUCUGAAAGAUUUGCACAAAUCAGAUUUUUGUUUUGUUUUGUUUGCCUGAUAAGGACUAGAGGUAUUAAAAGGAAACAAACUUAAUUUUAAAUAAAUCAUGCAUUGUGAUGUUGGUUUUGAUUACGGCUUUCAUAACAAACCAGAAAAGGAAAUUACUGAACUGGUUUUACUGUUGAGUUGGCUUUUGCAAUGUACUUUAAUGCAAUAUUUUUAAAGAUGGAUAACUAGUAUAGUUAAAGAUGGAUAUGAGAACUCUAGUAACUAGUGAUCAUGUAAACCCUAGUAAGUAACUAGUGAUUAUGUGAACUUCUCGGUUCCACCACAAAACCGCGUUCGACUAAAGGGCGCUCGAUGAAACUGCGUAGCUGACGUCAUCACAGCGUGA